AUGCUUGGCAUUGAGCGCCCCCACCUCUCGCUCAGCGUCGAGCAGACCGAGUCGGCGUUUGCCGAGGGCAAUGCGCGAUGGACGAACAUCGAUCUUGACCCCGUUCCACGACACAACCGAAAGUGGGGGGUUACGAGCUUCCUCGCCUACUGGAUAUCGGAUGCCUUCAAUGCUGCGACAUGGCAGUUCGCCUCGAGUAUCAUCGCCAUCGGCCUCACCUGGCGCGAGUCCCUCGCCAUCGUCGCCCUCGCCUUCUUCAUAAUCUCCUUCGUCAUCGCCCUCAACGGCGCCAUCGGCGUCAUGUACCACGCGCCCUUCCCCGUGCUGGCCCGAGCCUCGUGGGGGUUCUGGGGAUCCUACAUCGCCAUCGUAUCGCGCGCCAUCCUGGCCGUCUUCUGGUUCGCGGUCCAGAACAUGAACGGCGCGAAUGCCGUCAAGGCCAUGAUUGCGGCUAUAUGGCCCAGCUUCCUGACGCUGCACAACGGCAUCCCGGAGUCGCAGGGCAUCGAGACGAAUACCAUGGUUAGCUUUUUCCUCUUCUGGCUCCUGCAGCUGCCGUUCUUGUGCAUGCAUCCCAAUCACCUUCGCUGGCUGUUCAUGGCCAAGUCGAUCAUCGUGCCGGUUGCGUGGAUCGCCAUCUUGGUCUGGGCGUUCGUGUCUACGGACGGGGGGGAGAUGUGGAUUCAGAAGCCGAAGCUCGCUGGCUCCGACUAUUCCUGGGCUUUCCUCUCCAGCCUGACGUCUGUGAUUGGCAACUAUGCGACGCUGUCGGUGAACCAGGCCGACUUCUCGCGCUACUCGCGCGUCAGCGUAAAGUGGCAGAUCAUCUACGUCCCCUUCCUCCCGCUCGUCUUCACCUUCAUCGCCUUCAUCGGCAUCGCAGCCUCGUCCGCCGGCGCCGUCAAGUACGGCGAGCUAGACUGGGACCCAAUCGCACUGAUAUCCCACUGGGACAACCGCGCCUGCCGUUUCUUCGGAGCCUUCAGCUUCGCGCUGGCCGCCCUCGGCGUCAACAUAUCCGCCAACUCGCUCUCCGCGGCAAACGACCUCACCGCGCUCUUCCCGCGCUACAUCAACAUCCGCCGCGGGCAGCUCCUCUGCGCCGUCCUCGCCUGGGCGCUAGUCCCCUGGAAGAUCCUCAAGAGCGCAGGAAGCUUCCUCAACUUCAUGGCCGCGUACGCCGUCUUCCUCGGCCCCAUCGCGGCCAUCAUGGUGCUCGACUUCUGGCUCGUCCACAAGCGCCGCUACGACGCGCUCGCGCUGUACCAACCGCACGGUAUCUACCGCUACACACACGGCUGCAACUGGCGCGCCGUCGUCGCAUUCCUGGCCGGCGUCGCGCCCAACCUCCCGGGCUUCAUCUCGUCCAUCAACCCGAGCAUCGACGUCGGCGUCGGCGAUAGACCCUACCGUUUCGGCUGGUUCCUGGGCUUCGUCGGCACCGGCGUCGUCUAUGUCGCGCUGAGCAUGUUGCUUGCGCCGCCGCACGAUUCCUUCAUCGACCGCGCUGUGCUGCCGGACGACAUCUACGACGUGCACGGCGUCGUUGACGAGGGCGUGUCGCUGCGCGGGAGCGCGAGUGGAGAGGAAGAGGCGGGGGAGAAGGCGGGGUGGAAAGCGAGGUUGAGCAAUAUACUAUAG